AUGGAUGUUCAACAGCUCUUUGCAGUUCUUAAGAAGGAGGCUGAAUGCCCACUGUGUUUGGAGACAGUCAAUAAUCCCAAGACUUUGCCAUGUAUUCACUCAUUCUGCCUCGAAUGUCUUGACAAACACGCAAAUUUUGCAAGAAGACAGCUACAAGCGACAAUCAAAUGUCCGGUUUGUCAGACAUCUUUUCAAAUCCCCGAAGCCGACUCGUUCAAGAAUUUGCCUGCGUCUUAUCAUCUCAACCGAUUGGUGGAUGUUCUCGCUAUAAAAGAUGGCGGCACACAGACCCAGAAAUGCAGCAGUUGUGAUGAGAACAAUCCCGCUUUCUCUUACUGUUUUGUCUGCCAAAUAUUCCUCUGUACUUCUUGUUUUGAAGCUCACCAGCGCCUGAAGAUCACAAGAGGUCAUCGCAAUGUUAUGAUAGAGAAAUUAAAUGUGAAAGAUGUUCAAGAGUUGAUCCACAGACCUGCCAUGUGUUCACAGCAAUAUCACGAAAAUCAACCGCUGGAAUUUUAUUGCGAAGAAUGCAAAGUUCUUGUUUGCCAGAAGUGCUGUAUAGUAAGCCAUAAUCGACACACCAUGACAGACACUCAGAAAGCCGCACAAGUACAGAAGAUACAAAUGAAGGACGCUUUAGAGAAAGUGAAAGCGGAAACUGUAAUUUACGAGAACGAAAUAAGGAAACAAACCGAGCUAAUGGACAAAACCAAAAUUGAAAUUUUGUCAGCGGAAAAGAAGAUGACAGAUGCCGUGGAGGAACGUAUCCGUGAAUUACGGGAACAUGAGAGGGUCAUGAAAGCCAAAUUUGCUGAAAUUUAUGAAGCGCAACAGAAACAUCACGCGACACAACUAGAAAACUGUGAGUUGGUUUUGACUCAACUGCAAAGCUGCAUUGAGCGAGGUGAAAGCGCACUAGAAAGAAACGUCAGCGCCGAGAUUCUUCAAACAAAUCAGAUCAUUGUUGGACGCUGUGAAGAACUUUUGAAUGUAACAAAACCUGACAUUUAUAAACCACCACACGUGAAUUACAUGGUAGAAAAUCAUCUGAAUCCGGGUUUUGAUCGAAUUGUGGUUAGUAAUACAGAUCCUUUGCUGUCUUUAGCGGAAGUGGACAAUCAAGAACUUGUAAGAGAAAAAACGGUGGCAAAUUUCAUCAUUGUAACUAGAGAUUCAGAUGGAAAGCAGUGUUAUCAUGAAGAUGAUCAAGUAAAAGUCAACAUUUUAACUCCAGCAGAUGAUCAACUGGAAACAGAGAUAAAAGACACCAAAGACGGCAAGUACACAGUAACAUACACACCACAGUGUGUUGGACAACAUAGAGUAGAGAUCCAAGUUAAUGGACAGCCGCUGACUAGUAGUCCCUGGGUUGUGCAGGUGAUUCCGCAUCAGUAUCAAUUUGCGUUUCAAUUUGGAUCAGAAGGAAAAGAGCAAGGACAGUUUGACCAACCUUUGGGUAUUGCUGUGAAUGAUAAAAGCAGGACGCUUGCUAUUGCUGAUGUAAACAAUAAGAGAGUGCAGAUGUUUGGCUUUGAUGGAAAUUUCCUGAGAGAGAUUGUGCUGGAAGCUAAAACGUGUUCGGUGGCUUUCACCGAGUCUGGUGACUUCCUUAGCACUGUCGAGAGUGGCGAAGAUAAAUUCACCUUGUACUUGUAUACUGAGGGUGGUCAAUUCAUUCGAUACAUCAGCGACGAACAUUGGAAGAUACCAUGGUACAUAUCUGUUGUGAGUGAUGGUCGCAUAAUCACAUGUGACUAUGAUGACAAAACAAUCAAAGUUCUCAGUCCUGAUGGGAAAAACCUUCUUCAGUCGUUCAGGGCUCCUGGUUGUGAUGCGGAGCCAUGGUGUGUUGUUUAUCAGCAAGACAAAUUUUUUGUCUCUUAUCCAAUUGCUAACCGUGUCAUGGUAUUUAACAACGCAGUGGAGUAUCUAUAUGACAUUGGCAGCGAGGGAUCUGGUGACGGGCAGUUAUGGUGUCCCAUUGGUAUCGCUAUUGACAAGUUUAACCGUUUGAUUGUUUGUGAUAGGAAUAACCGUAGACUGCAACUGUUCACACUUGACGGAAAAUAUGUCGCUAAGGUAGCUGGGACUUUUUUUGACCAUAAUAGCUAUCUUAUUGGUUGUGCCGUGUCUAAUACUGGACAUUUGUUUGUUACAGAUUACAACAAACACUGUAUUUAUGUUUUCAACUAGUAAGCGCUGUGUGCAUAUUUAACACCAUCUGAACAGGGAUCUUAAAAAUACUGUUUCUCAGGUAUUGAUUUAGUGUUGAUUUUUGUUAACACUCUUGAUUAAUCCAGUUUUGUGGCUGGGCUUUAAAACUUGAACUGAACAUAGGCACAUAUACAUGCCGUGAGCGAAUUAUAUUUUACCGUAACGUUUCAUUUUGCUGUAAAUUUAUUUUGUUUUGCCGUUGCACUUGUGGACCACCGUAGGAUAAUCAAUUUGUUAAUACUGUUUUUCUCCGCCAAAAAAUACCUUGAAAAGUGGACUAUACUAGGAGGGAAAUGUUCAUUUAAUUGAUUGGAUAGGGAAAUGGACCUUUUUUUGAACAGUAAGAGAGAGAGAGAGAAUACGUAGAAUCGUGUUUUUUGGCGAAUGAGAAAAUUGACAUGAGCGUCGGACAGAAAAGUCGAAAAAUUUACUAAGACAUUUUCUGAAUAGUAAAUGCAGUUAAUGGAGCACGCUGAUUUUAAGAUACAAACAAAAGCUGUUCAUGGCUGGAACCUUAUUAACUUGUGUUAGUUUGUCAUCAUACUUUUUCUUAGCUUCGCGCAGAUUGGUCCCUGUCUCAAGACCCUAUCUAUGGCUGGACUUUUAUCAUGAUGAGACCUGGUAGUUUAUGGUACAACUGUAUCUGUUGGUCGACAUUUGAGACACUGACUGGCUAUAAAAGUUCGGCUAAUUCACACCCGGUCAUUAUUCGUCUAGCUUGCAAGAAAAAGCAAACGGUUACAAUAAUUUUGUUACCCACCCUCCCUCCCUUUGGAGGAGUUUUGUUGUGUUAUGUAUCAAUAAAGUUUGGUGUGUCACUCCUCGUGGCGCGAUUAAGGCUGCGUUGCGACUUUCCCCAAGCUUUUGGUAUUGCUUUUGUCUUGCCAUCUUAUUCCUUUGCCUUAAUCUUGUUCGAUCCAGCCCGUGCGGCGCUGGGGAGAUAAGAAGGGCUCUGCCAAUACUCUUGCCCUACCCCCCCGCUUCUUAUUACAACAUCUUGUAGUUAUCGUCUUACUUGCCUUGGCGUGCGCUAUUCAGUUGCGUUACCUUUUCAUGCGUAUCUUAAGCGGAAUAGCGACAUUAAUAGUAAUAAGCGCCGCAUUGUUUGUUUUAAAAAGAGCAUUGAUUGACUAGUUGAAGAAAAGAUAAAACAAGGCAAUAAGAAAUAAGCAACUGUCCAAGCUUGAGGCAAUUGUCCGCUUUUUGCAGUAUACGUUUUCUUGGAGCCGACAAUUUUGUUGCACGCUAUAAGCUUGCAACCAUGGGACCGCAAAGUAGUCGUCCAACGCUGGUAAGGAUGUUGCAAUGCCUGCGGCAUGUUACCAGCGGUACCCGCGAGUUCGUUCGUGAGGUCGCUGGUGUCGUGAGCUUAUAACAAGCAGCUAGACACGAAACGUGCUCUCGCUUACUUGCGUCGAAGGUUUGAUUUCAGCGAUACCUUUCACGAUGUAGGUCGCAUGCAAAAAGUUGACGGAGUUGAACGUCCUUCAUAUUAUCAAUACGUGAUUUAAAUCUACUUUCAAACAAACAACCACACGGACAAACAUUGCUUUAGCACUUUGAUAUUGGUAUUGAAAAAAAGGGUCGUUCAUAACAUGGAGUUAAAUGAAAUAGUUGAUAUAUUUACAGACCUACAUGUACAGUUAAAGCAAAAGCACAGACAGGUGAUAAACAAACUACGGUAAAGGAACAGCGUUAACUUUGGAAAAAUAGAUUGUCUUAAUAAGAGGUGACUGACAGGUGUCACUGUUGCAAGAAAUCCUCAACAGUCAAGACCAAACUAUUAAAAAAAAACACAGAAAGAAAAUCAACUUCCAAUUUAGACACUUUGACCACAAUGUAAACUUAUUUUUCAAAGUAAUGUCAAGUAAGGCUUUAGAUAAUAUUUUAGUCUAAAUUCCCUUUCGCUGGGCUUUACCAAUUAUUAAAAGGUUUUUCAUUUGGCGCGGAGGAUAACCUGCUGAAAGUACAGUUUGUGGUUCUAUACUCGGUAUGUAAAUAGCCUGCGAAAAAGCUUUCCAUUGGGGGUAAAAACUUCUCCUUUGUCAGGACAUAACCUUUUUUGUUUUGCAUUAACUGCAUGAUUACUACGUACAAAAUUAAAUUACAAGAUGACAUAAAAUUGUUCUGCGGUAAUAUACAAAUACAAUGUUCAUGAUUAAUUUGUUGCCAUCAUAUUUCGUGUUUUUCUUUAAAAUCCAUAAUCAGCUCUGAAGUAUAUAAGCCAGGUCCAGGUUGUUCAAGAGGUGGUUAACGUUAUUCACCGGAUAAAUCUCUAUCCACUGAAUAGUGCAAUUGGUUUCUCUAAUAUUUAUCCACUGGAUAGUGAUUUAUCCGGUGGAUAGCGCUAUCCAGCUUUUGAACAACUGGGGCCCGUCAUAGUUGAAUCUCAGACUCGUUGUAAACUUAAUAGUUAGUUUUUUGGGAACAGGUUUUCUUCGAAUUUGUGCAUCCUAUCUUGUCCCUUCUCUCUCAUCACGUUUCUGGUUGCUCCAAGUAGCUGUUAACCCCUUUAGUAGGGGUCAUACAUUUCUUUAAACGGGGUUGUGACGCUUAUGCGGCUAUGUAGAUAUUCAUAGCAAUCUCAGCCAUUCACAUUCUUAGUUGAUAGUGAUGUACAAGGAAUUUAUGGAGAUGCCUUAGCGUUGGAGGGUUUAACAAUCUUGUACGUGAUAAGGUAUUCUGGAUACGCCUGUAAACAACAACAAAGGAAACAAGUAGGUAGUGUGUCAGAUAAUUAAGCAAAUGGCACAUCGAUUAAAAAAAAACACUUGCAUCAAAUUAUUAUAACCAAAUCCUGUAUUUGCAUUUUUCUCAAUAGCUCAUAUCAACAAGCUUAAGCGAACACGUUUCUGGACGACGCACGUCAACCGAGGUGCCUUUUUUUGCACCCUUGGACAGCGGUUUUGCCCAAAUUUUAAGGCAGAUCGUCUCUGUAAGAGUGAACACAUACAAAUUUGGCAGCGUCAAGGUAUAUUAAGAGGGAAUAGAUCUCACUUCCGGUUGACGUGUGUCGCUCAAAAUGUCUGUGCUUAAGCUUCUUUAUGUCAAUGGGGCGCCUGUUCCCCGCGGACAACACUGAAAACCUCAAAAAUAAAGGAAACUACGAAUUUCUCACGAAAGACGACUUUGAUACGUCCACAAAUUAGCGAGCCUCAUGGUGCAGAGGUUGGACGGUAUGAAGAUUCUGUUGCAUGCAAAUUUAGCUUUUGUCAAUCUGGCCCAAAAAUGUAUCCCAAAGUCGCACCCAAUACAAUCGAUUGUAGCCGCUUGCAGUCCGCCUUUUCUCUUAAAAUCCAUCUAGUUCUUAUCUCAGCCAGGACGAUUGCAAACCACGACGCUCCUAGCAUUCUCUUAAACGACAGCCACAAGUGCAACGAGAAAAGAAAACACAGCUCUUGACUAAAAAGCAAGACAUACCUGUUUCCCUCUAUACACAACAUAUUCGUCAAACGACAGCCCUUCUGAGCUGGGACGUCCUAUAACUGAAUGAUGACCGGACGGUGCGUGCAACAUCUUGACGGCUGAAAACUGGUAAAAUAGCUUACCAAGGGCGACACACCAUAAAAGAAGUUGCCUGCCAGUUAAAAAACAUUGCGUUGAUAAGAUACGAACUAGAACGAAAAAAAAUACCAUUGGAUUCAAAUUCACAUCAGGCGAAAUUCAUAUAAAUCAUUAAUCAUAUUAAUUACUUAUAAACUGCGCCAAAAGAAGUGUGGCUUAAGUAUCCCAAUCAGAGUUGUAAUUGAUUAACGAAAACCUUGAGUGAAGCGUAUAAUGAGAUAUUUUUAUUUUACAAUUCUGGAAGGGUGAUCUGAUGCAAGGUGUUUUUUUGGUUGUGAGCGGGUACCAUAAUUCGUCCUGGUUAUCUGUAACAAGAACGCGCUUACAGCGGCAUGCACGUCUCGCCUGCUUGGAGAUUAGAUCGAGAAAUGAGGAGGCGAUUAAUUCUACAGGAAACAUGAUUUACUCGCUAAAGGUUUUUUACUUCCUACUUUAUCGACGUCGAUACUUUUUAUUUGUUUCUGAAUUGAUUUAGUACGCGUGCUAGCGACAAGCAAAAUUACCUCUGCGAUAGCAAGCUUAGACUGUUCACAGUCUUCUAUUUUUCCGUAAGAUCGUCGAGAUCGAGCGCUUUCCGUUACGGGCUGCCAUCUUGCAAGAAUGUCAAAACUACUGUCCCCUCGGUACAUAAGACGCGCUAUAUCUCGACGAUCUCACGAAAAAAUAGGGGACUAUGAAAAGACUAUAGCAGGCUUUACGCGUGUUAGCCUGCGAACAGUAGACGCAUUUCCUGUAGUCGCUUUUCUCCCUCUGAAAAUAGGAGAGGAGAGAGGCGACUAGUGGAAAUACGUCUGCUGUUCGUAGGCUAUACGCGUGUAUAAAUGCACGAAAAUUCAAGGGCCUCGAUUCCAGAGAAAUUACAUCAUUGCCAGUAUCGAAAAAGUGAUUUACAUGGCACGUCAUUUCAGUCAUCGCCGAAAAUCAAUCGCAUGCUCAUCACAAGACUCAUUUGCAUACAGUGAAAGUUUACAACACCCGACCAUCGCAAUUUUGCUAAUUCAGAUUCUUAUUUUUUCCGAGCACUCUGUAGUGUUCACUUGCUCCAAAGUGAUCAACGCUUUCAAGCGAUAGAGUUCGUGGGACGACACGUUUCGGAAAAGCUCUAAAUUUAAUCUUUCGUAAGCUUUCUUCGCAAAACAUGCGUGGCUUCGAUCACACAAUGAUUCUUAGUCCUUGUUUCCACGGUCUCCGCAAGGAACGCCUGGCACAAUGACCUGCCUUUUGUGUCCUAGAUGUACGACCAAAAAUUCCGGGGGAUUCUUCCAGAAAAAUUGGGAGGGGAUGUGCGGCACGCUUCCUGAAACCCUUACCCUAUUUCAGACCAAAAUCUGUGAUUUUCCCUACCCUAUUUCAGACCUGAUCAAAAAUUUGAUACCCUAUUUAAGACCUGAAGACCUGUAGCCCGGCGCGUGACAGGAGCGCGUGACAAGCUGUUACGGUACGUACACGGUCAAAAGGGAAAUGGUCCUAUCGCCAAAUGAUGAAGUGGCAGCAAAUUCUUCUCAAAAACAGACCCAAUUCAAGACUAGAGUACACAAACCAUACCCUAUUUCAGACCAAAAUGGUCGAAAUUGAUACCCUAUUUCAAACCAAAACUGCCAAAAAAACAUAACCUUUGGCGCGGCACAUACCUACAUAGCCUAUUUAUUAUUUCAUAAAAAAUUCACUAUUUUCACUGAGGUAUGUAGGUUGUGCUACAUAUCUGCUUUGUGGGACGUUGUC